AUGGCGGUGGCAGUUGCGAUGGCGGUGGUGGCAAUGUCUGUGAUUGUUGUUUAUUGUAGAGAUUAUAUUAUUUUAUCAUGUGGCGGUGGCGGCGGAGGAGGUGGAAGAGUUUGCGGCGGCGGCAGUGGAAGAGUCAGUGGCGGCGGCGGUAGCGGCUGCAGCCGCGAUGACUCUGAACUUGUCCAAAGCAUUGUUGAAGAUAUCUCAAAGUCUAUUUUAAAUAAGAUGCCAUUAUCGGUUUCUAAGUAUCCAGUUGGAAUAAAUUCUCGAGUAGAGGAUGUUCUAAAAUCUUUAAAUAUUGAAUCAAAUGAUGAUAUUAGAAUAUUAGGGAUUUAUGGCCUUGGUGGAGUAGGCAAAACUACAAUUGCAAAAGCUAUUUAUAAUAGAACUUCAUAUCAUUUCAAAGCAAAAAUUUUUCUAGAGAAUGUUAGAGAGAAGUCAAUAACAAAAGGCAUAAUUCACUUACAAGAGACACUUCUUUCUGAGAUGUUAAAGAGUAGGAAUUUGAAGGUGCAUAACAUAUCUAGAGGAACCAACAUGAUAAUUGAAAGUCUUUGCUCAAAGAGGGUUCUUAUCAUUCUUGAUGACGUGGAUAAUUCAGAUCAGAUAGAAAAAUUGCUUGGAAAAUGUGAUUGGUUUGCUUCUGGUAGUAGAAUAAUUAUGACAACAAGAGAUAAACGCUUGCUAGACACUCUUGGAAAUGGUGUCUCAACCUAUCGAGUUAAGGAAUUAAAUAGAAAUGAAGCUAUUGAACUCUUUAGCAAGCACGCCUUUCGAAGCGACAAACCAAGUGAAAAUUAUUUGAAACUUGUGAACCAAGUUAUAUGCUAUGCUCAAGGCCUUCCACUAGCUCUAGUAGUAAUGGGUGUUGAUUUGUAUGGAAGAACUGAACUUGAAUGGGAAAGUGCCUUAAAUAAGUAUGAAAAAAAUUCCCAGUAG